GGGCGGCGGCGGCGGCGCUCGCAUGGAAGCUGGGUACGCACGUGUGAGGGGUUAGGGCUCGUGGCGCGGGUUGGGGCGUGCGUGGACGGUCGUUAGGGCGGUUAGAGCUGUUGGUCUGCCCUCAGGGCUCGGCGCCGCAUUCAGAGAGGCCGCCCCGUGGGAAGCUGGUGGCCCGGCGCCUCUCCGCGGGGUUGGGUCUGUGGAGCGUGGUGCUCAACCCUGAUACGGCCGGUCCCUCCCGGAUAGGCAUUGCCGUAGAAUCGUUAAGGAGGCAGUAGAGAAUGUCCUUUCGUGGAAGAGGAGGUGGUGGCGGAGGACGAGGAGGUGGCGGAAGAGGAGGAGGUGGCUUUAAUCGUGGAGGAGGUGGCGGUGACAGAGGCGGCUUUAAUCGUGGUGGACGAGGUGGCUUUGGACGGGGAGGUGGACGAGGAGGCUUCAACAGAGGCGGAUAUGACCAGGGCCCUCCGGAGAGGGUAGUUUUACUGGGGGAGUUCAUGCAUCCGUGUGAAGAUGAUCUCGUUUGUAAAUGUAAAACAGAAGAAAACAAAGUGCCUUAUUUCAACGCACCAGUAUACUUGGAUAAUAAGGAACAGAUUGGCAAAGUGGAUGAAAUCUUUGGGCAGCUACGAGACUUUUAUUUUUCAGUGAAGCUGUCUGAGAACAUGAGAGCCUCUUCAUUCAAAAAAAUGCAAAAGUUUUACAUUGAUCCAGCAAAACUGCUCCCCCUUCAGAGAUUUUUACCAAGGCCUCCUGGAGAAAAAGGUGCUCCUCGAGGAGGUGGUAGAGGAGGACGUGGCGGAGGACGUGGAGGAGGAAGAGGUGGUGGUAGAGGAGGAUUCGGAGGAGGAAGAGGUGGGGGAAGAGGAGGAGGAGGAGGAUUCAGAGGAGGUGGAGGAAGAGGCGGGGGAGGAGGAGGAUUCAGAGGAGGAAGAGGAGGUGGAGGAGGUUUUAGAGGGAGCGGACAUUAAAAAUGGAGCAAUGAGAAUCUUCCUGCUGACUUACCGUGUUAUCUGCAGUAGUGAAGAGCAAGAAAAAAAAACUAUGAAAGACCACGAAAAAGUUGUUUGUAAAGAACUGGAAGCUAUGAAAUGACAGUUAAUGACUGUUUGUCAAUGCAUGAACAGAGUACGUAGCCCUUGGCGAAGAACGGAGGAAUGCUCAGAACAUACUUGAACUUUUUUAACUAAGACAAGGUUCAAUGUUAUUCUUAAAUUGUUUGUUUCUGGCAAAUGACUUUGUCAGUGCUUGACUUCAUGUUGGAGUCUGGAGUAAACCAUCAACUGAAACUUUUCUUUAUGAGAAACCCCUUUGGGUUCACUGCAUGCACAUUUGUCAGUAUGAACUUGUAACCUCUGUGUGACUUGGAUAAGAUCCCUUGUUCUCAUUGUUUUACAUGGAGACUUUUGGGUCACCCUAAAAAUGACGUGCAGUUUAAAUAACCUUUAUGGACCAUUUUUUACAAACUAAACUUCAGAUUUUUUUUGUCAUUAGAACUUUUUUUAAUGCAAAAUAAUAAAUAUGAGGAAAGGAAGAUAGCAAAGAAUAUUUUGUAGAUUCGUCUCUCUGAAUCUUAAUGAAAGCCAAAGGCAUUAAGACACAUUCUUAGAAGAUACUAUCUGAUGAGUAAUACAGAGUUAAUUCUAUUCCAAGGUCACCUCAUUGUAUCUAAUUUCACUGGUAAUAAAAUUGCUAAGAGUUUUUAACUGCUCCCCUCUUCCUCUUAGCCAGUUUCUCUUGAGGUUUUGAUAUCCUGGCACAUCACUUCUGUUGUGCUCUGAGCUUGCAGAGUGCUAAAAUGAAAUAACCCAUUGUUGCAGAAAUGCAAAGUCAUGGCCUGAAGCAGUGAUUGAGCACCUGGUGGGAAGGCAGGGCCAACCCAGGGGAGCUCAGGUGCAUGCAGGAGGGCCAGCAGGGGUGGAGCCAGAAUCCAUCCCUUCCCAGACCUCAUUUAAGGAUUGGCAGUGGAGGUGUAGGUAUCUUGCUGGAGAUGCCCGCCUACCUGAGGCCUUCCAAGGGUAAGUGGCUUUUUUUCCUUAGUUUCUUUGUCCGUAGCUACUGCAUUUGGGCUUGUUCUCAUUUGCUGUAGCCAACAACUUUGCCACCCUGCUAUUAUCGUUGUACUUUCUAUCACAUCAUAGCAUUACACCCAUCAUGGGACUCCUCUGCAUGUGGUCUUUUUAGUUUAGUGUUGCUUUAAAAGUAUGUGGAAAAUUCUGCAUGAAUACAUUCCCAGUCUCUUAAAUCACAUUUAUUAUGAGGAGUGUUGAAAAGCUAGUAAGUGUCCCUUAAAGCACGGAGAAGCACCUUGUCAUCUAUGUUUAACUUUGGAAAUUGAGUAAGAAUAGGAAAGAAUCUGGUUCUUAGGAUUUCAUCAGGAGCGAGGAGUCCAUUGGCAGAUCUCAUACCAAGCAUUUUUGAAAAGAGAUCUGUAGAUUAAUUGACAUGAAAACAUUCUGAGCAUCGUGUUUGACGUGCGUAGAAGUACAUUUCAGAACUGAUCGUGUACUUUUUAAUUAAUGAACAUUAGUACUGGAUUCAUUAGCCUUGUGCUUACCAAAAGAAACAGGUUAUUUGUCAGUGCUAGAAUUGGACAACUAUUAGUUACCAGCAAACCCAACUCUUAGGUCUGAAUUAUUUCUGAAACAAAGCUUGAAACAAGCUAGCAAGAAAGCUUCAAGAACUCAGUUGCCUAGUCUGAACACCUGCUCUAUAUAGGAUAACAGUUAAAUAUGUUUAAAAGAAACAUUCAAUUUUCUAUUAGAUAUGCUUUUUUGAGAAGAAACCAAGUCUAUUCGACCACAACACCAUCAGGAAGUAUGGAAUACCAAUUAUUUUGUUGGUAUUACUACCCACUUUAAUUAGGUCAAUUAAUUACAGACCUUUAAAAGCAUUUAAUCUUUUGUUAGUAUGUGCUACUAGGUCUAUGGAGCUCUGACUUCAGGUACUGUAGAAUUGUAGGUAUUGUAAGCCAUCUCUGUCAUACCACAUUGCAACUGUACGAUACCAGUGCUUCAAAGCUGGAACUGUCAUGUUUGUAAAUGCAUUCUCUGCAGUAGUUACAUUCUUCACCAAUGCUUCCGUUCCCAGUUGUGGAUAGCUGACUUAAAUCUUUCCUUAUUCUUCUGGAUUUGGAAGACUGGAAUAAUGCAGUCCUCACACUUACACCCAAAUCUGUGCUCUGUGCUGCUGUUCUUGCUGCAUGCUUUAUAGAUGUGCUUUCUCCUAGGGUAUCAAAAGGCUAUCUUGACGUCACCUUUCAAUUGCACUGAUGUGGCAAAUGACAAAAUACCGUCUUGCAGCCUAGAACGGGAAGUGAAUAAUUUGAAUCUUACAGCAGGUGGAGUUGUGUGUCAUUCUCAAGUCUGAAGCCACUGCAAGGCAAAAGCCUUGCCCUUUUAUACCAGUGCAGUUACUUUCAGUUUGGCAAAGCCAUAUCUUGGCAAUAAAUGGUAUCUUGAGAAAAUCAAGGUUAGCAUGUGAAACGGGGCAAGUAAGGAUUUGGAGGCCCCUUAUCAGGGCAUCUUGUCAGUCACCUGAAUGUCUCUUUACAGAAUCAAACUUUUUUAAAUAACAGUUUAAAUCUAGAGACUGUGUGUGUGAGAAAUUAAUGAGUUAUUAAUUUCUCUGCCUUUGGUUUUGAACCAUUUGAACGGUUUGUGGAGUUAAGAUUAAAGGGAAGUACUGCCCCAUGCAGCCCUCUAGUGUUGAUUGAUGCACUUCAAUCGAUUCAAGUCAAAAGGAAAAGCUUCAUAAUUCAAGGUCAUUUACUAUAUCUUAAUAGUGAAUUCAUUGCUUUAUAUUUCGGCUUUGUUUUAUACACUGUAGUGUUCUAGGGGUGGGGGGGGAGAGAAACGGUACUUCUUUUAGAGAUGUGCCUAGAUUACCCAGGUUGUAGGAGCUGGGGGUGUUCAGCUUGCAGAAGAAAAGGCUCUGGGGAGGCCUCAUUGUGGCCUUCCUGAACUUGAAGGGAGCUUAAAAGCAGGAGGGGGAGCAACUUUUUCAUGGUCUGAUAGUGAUAGGACAAGGGGGAAUGACUUUAAACUAAAAGAGGGGAGAUUUAGGUUAGAUGUUAGGAAGAAAUUUUGUAUUCAGAGGGAGGUGAGGUGCUGGCACUGCUGCCCAGAGAAGCUGUGGGUGCCCCAUCCCUGGAGGCAUUCAGGAGCAGAUUGGAAGUGACUCUGGGCAGCCUGAGCUGGUGGGGGGGGCAACCUUAACCAAGGUAGUAAGCAUUGCAAGCUCUGACUUCUGUGGAAGCUGCAUGAUUGGAGAUGCUUUUGAAAAUAUUGCCAAAGGUGCAGGGGAGGGAAGUGAAGAUACCAAAUUAUCAUUAUGCUUUUAUCUUUCAAGAUGGAAUGAUUAAAUACUGGAGAAGUAGAUUCAUCAAUGAACAGAUCAUUUUCCCUUUCAAAUCCCUCCCACCCUGUUACUGCCUAAUCCUUUUCUGACAGGGAAAAUACCUCAUUAAUACAAGUGCCCUGCAAGCUAAGAGUGAGUGUAGUUAUAUGCUAUUAAAAUGUUUGCUGGUAGUGUUGUGACACAUGAUCUGUAGCAAUGAUGACUAAUUGUCACGACUGCAUAAGUUUCAUACCAAAAUUUGCUCACCUAUAGCUUGAAAUGGAUGAAAAGUAGAGGAUGUCUAUUUUAAAAAGCUGAGGUUGCAUGGGGAAAGCUCUGUGAGUGUUUCAUGGGUUAGAGAAGAGGGUAGCUCUUCAGGUAGAUGAUCUUCCUAUGAAUGGCUUUGUUCCUCAGUGCUGCCUGGGGCAGUACGUUCUUCCUGCUGCUCGCACACAUGGUCUGAGCUGCCUCUGAACUGCAUACAACUGAAGAGUUUUUAUAUCACUUUUAUACAUAGUAUGGGUACAAAUUGUUUGAAGGGGAACCAAUGGUAAAAGGCCUUUGAUUGCUUGGAUUGAUGCUGCAUGUAAACACUUUGGGGAAGGGUUUGUUGCAGCUCAUAUUUACACAGGAUUUUGUAAAAGGCCUUUGUGAUCUCCCUCUAGUGUGCUGCUACCUCAUAAUUGAAGAAACAAAAGCUGUGUCACCUUUGGAAAAUGCCCAGUGAUUUUCUGCUCAAGGAAAUUUGCCCAAGCCUACCUGUGUGAGUCGGAGAAGGAGAGUGUUCAGACUUAAUGGCACGUUCAACACCCAUUUUAUGCAGACCAGGCCAUUCUAGAAAUGUGACAAUUGAGUUUUCCAAAUGUGAAGCUUCACUUCAGAAAAUAUUAGAUGAGGUUCUUGUGUCUGCCAUUGGUUUGAGUGUUUCAACGAAACUGAGAAUCUUGAGGAGGAGACGGAGGUAUUUAGGGGUUCGAAGGGGUGGAUACAGUCAAGGUAUUUUAAUGAAACUGACAUUUGUGUUUGUGCUGUGGUUGUGUUCUCUGCGAUGGUUGGAAGUAAUUCCAAACCAGGCUGAAGGCCAACUAACCGGAGUCAACUUUGUCCUGAGGUUUCUCAAGCGUAGCACAAGAGAUUUGAAGUAAAAAAGUUUGGGGGCAUGUGACCGUUAAUCUCUUUAGCAGUAAGAAUAAAGUUUAAGCAUCCUGUUGGAAAUGUACUCGGUUCUGUGUUGCUCUUUGUUUCAAUUAACAAGCUUUUCUCCCGCAUAGUCCGGGGGUAUAAACUUCUUUGCGCUCUGUCCAAUUAGGUCAUGCUUGGAAGCUGUCAGCGCUGAUGGUGAGGCAACCGUCCCCUGCCUCUUUUUCAGUUGUUCAGUCUGUUGGAUAAUGAAAGAAUUUGCCUGACGGGGUUUGGUAGUGUUUUGUCCUCUAGAUGAAUUACUGCAAGAUAUAGGCGACAGUCUCGUGCGUCCAAAAUGCAUUGGAAUGAUUCAGCCAACUCCUCCGAAAGUGAUGCUGAAGCUCAUUCUGUCUUUACACAGACUGAGCACAACAUAGUCGCAGCUUACUUAAUAACAGCAGGAGUGAUAAGCAUUUUCAGCAAUAUUGUUGUGUUAGGCAUCUUUGUGAAGUACAAAGAGCUUCGGACAGCAACCAAUGCAAUUAUUAUCAACCUGGCUUUCACUGACAUUGGUGUUAGUGGCAUUGGCUACCCCAUGUCUGCUGCUUCAGACCUGCAUGGAAGCUGGAAGUUUGGAUAUACUGGAUGCCAGAUCUAUGCUGCCUUAAAUAUAUUUUUUGGGAUGGCAAGUAUUGGUUUGCUCACUGUUGUUGCAGUUGACCGUUACCUGACAAUCUGCAGGCCUGACAUAGGAAGAAGAAUGACUACCCGUAACUAUGCCGCUCUAAUCCUGGCUGCGUGGAUCAACGCAGUCUUUUGGGCGUCCAUGCCUACUGUAGGCUGGGCUGGCUAUGCUCCAGAUCCGACUGGAGCAACUUGCACAGUCAAUUGGAGGAAAAAUGAUGUGUCCUUUGUUUCCUACACAAUGAGUGUAAUUGCUGUUAAUUUUGUUGUACCCUUAACAGUCAUGUUUUACUGUUAUUACAAUGUUUCCCGGACAAUGAAACAAUACACCAGCAGUAACUGCCUGGAGAGCAUCAACAUGGAUUGGUCUGACCAAGUAGAUGUAACAAAGAUGUCUGUUGUGAUGAUUGUCAUGUUCCUGGUGGCAUGGUCUCCCUAUUCCAUUGUGUGUUUAUGGUCUUCCUUUGGAGACCCGAAGAAAAUUUCUCCUGCAAUGGCCAUCAUAGCUCCUUUAUUUGCAAAAUCCUCCACGUUCUAUAAUCCCUGCAUUUACGUCAUUGCAAACAAAAAGUUUCGGAGAGCAAUCCUGGCAAUGGUGCGAUGUCAGACAAGACAAGAAAUAACUAUAAGCAAUGCCUUGCCCAUGACUGUUUCUCUGAGUGCAUUGACGUCAUAAAGCUCAUUUUGUUUUUCUGCAUAGAUUCUGUGGAAAGGAGUUAAAUCUGGGUUACGGUUUAUUUUUUGGAAUAACAAUCUGCCUCUUCCAGUCAACUGUUUUCUGGUAAUCACUGCAGAAUCUUUUAGAUUAAAAA